AUGGAUACAAUGAUGAAUAGGUACUUGAUGGACAUGGAACUUGCAUUCUUGAUUUUUUUUUGCUCGGUUUUGUCUUUUGCAUGUUAAUUGGUUGUGUAGCUUUUCCAUUGAUACAGUUGUAGAGAAAAUUAAUGUCAGGGUAGUUUAUGUUGUCAUAUAUGCACUUCGAUAAUAAAUCUACUUUGAGCUUUGGUUGGCCAACAGCCCAAUUCUUUCCUGUGUGACUUUGAAUAAAGGAGGCAUUCUUGUUGUAUUAUAUUCAGAUAUAAUGUGACAACUCCUUAAUCCAUAGUAUCUUAACAACUUUCCAAUACACAUCUUCCAUGUGUUGAUUUUUAAAAUAUUUAUUCAAAGGAAGUGGACUUUGCAGGCUGAGCCAACAAUUAAACACCCAUUAUUAACUGUCUUUGUGCAGGUGGUGCUGGUGAACUGCCCUUUUAAAACACUACAGUCCUUGAAGCAUUGAGUAUGCCAACAAUGUUGUUAUGGAGAGCACUAGGUACACCUGCAAUGCUGUUGUGGAGGGCGUUGGUUAUUGCUGCAACACUGUUGUUGUGGAGGGAUUCGCAGGAUUUGGUAGAAUGACAGUGAUGCCAGUUUUCUAAAUGUGUUCCUUGGUAUCAAAACUUGUGUUUGUACAUUGGGAACUUAUGCAGGUACUAGUUAAUUAUUGACUAUAACUGGUUAAUUAAUUACAGGCAGAGGUGUGAAAGCAGUUAAAUGUAAAUCAAUUACUAUAAUGUGUGCUAAAUACCUCUCAUUCAGUAUUAAUUCUCAGCUUUGUGAAAAUAAUCCAAUAGAAAAGUAGUGCACUGUACCCAAGUUUAGAGUCAAUGUCAAGCUUUUUUUUGUGAACACAGCUAUAAAAUUAAAAGGUGAGGGGUUUUGAAAGUGUCAGAACUGUCGAUGUGUUUGAUCACAGCUAAUAAUAAAGGAUUUUUUGUGCGAACAGUUGAUGUUUCAAGAGAGGUUCAUGUCCCAGUACAACAACCUUCACUGAGCUCUUCGCAGAAAAGGAAAGCAAUUGCUAGAUCAAAUGGAAAUAAACGUCAAAAACAGAAGUUGGAAGCUCAAAGCAAAGAAGAACUUUUGCAGCCAAAGGAAACUGUUCCAGAUCAGUCUCCUGCAUUGACCGAGUCACAUGCUCUUACUGUCCUAACCAUACCAACUGAAUCAACUUGUUUAACAAGGGCAACAACAUCAAAUUCAGUAACUGAAUUUGUUAAGGUUGAACCAUUUGAUGACUCUAUAUCCCAAAGAAUGACACCAAGUACCACAUCUUUACCAAAUAUGGCAGUGAAUUCCUUUGGUUCACUACAGAUAGCCAAAGUGGAACCAUCUCAAAUUUCUCAAGAAGAGCAAUCAGUGUUACCAUCUGAAAAUGUGGCAGCCAUUGAAACUGUGCAACUUGCAUCAAUGUUGGCAUCAAUUGAUUCUGUAGGAGCCACUACAAUGCUCCCAUCUGUUGAAACUUUACAGUGUACACCAUUGCAGCCAUGUGAUGAACCAAAGUCAACAUUUACAUCAAUUGAAAUUGCACUACCGGCACAAGACCAACAAGAUGUUGAAACAUUGUCAUCCUCCCAACAGGAGCCUCCUAUACUAGUCCUUUCUGCCUUUGCAACACCUGCUUUUGAGAAUGUGGCUUAUUUAGCUGUAGAGUCAACUUCAGAAGCAUUAUCGCCCACAAACCUACCUUCUCAGACACCAUAUUUACUGACUGCAGUAACUGAGCCUCUGAAAUCUGUGCCUGCUUUUGAAACAAUGCUGAUGUUGCCCUCUACAUUCAUUAUGCCAAUUAUGUUAGCUCUACCAGUUGACCCAAACCAUUCAGCUAUAGCUCCGGAGACAAUUAUUGCGGCAGUUGAAACAGUUGUGACCACACAAUGUGAUACACAGGAAGUGCAAGAUGAACAUUCAUAUUACAAAAAUGACUUCACCGUUGAACAGCUUGAAAAGAUUGUGGCUAGGCUGCAGAGGAAAGUGAAAGUUAUACAGCAACGAGAGAGGAGGAAUUCAGCCCGUCUAAAAGCUAUGGAAAGUCUUGUGGACCAACUGAGAAAGGAAAAUAUUAUAUCAGAGGAGAAAUUGAAAAUAAUGGAGAUGACCUGCUCACAGACAAAUGGUCAGGCGAUGAAUCCCUCUGGUACUGUCACAGUCAUUUAUGAAGAUGAUGGAAAUCUAAUUUACACACUUCAACAGUCACCGAUUGAAGAUGUUAAUCAUGUCCCUUGAAGGAGAUGUUCAAUUUUAAGAAUAAUUGAUUAUUAUUCAUUGUACAGUUAUUUGUUCAUAAAAAAGUAUUUUUAAUGAAAAGAUUAAAUUAUGUUUUAUUUCUACCAUGACUCUGUUAUCAGCUUUCCUUAAUCCAAUUGCAGUGAUGAUCUCGACUAGAUGGAGUGUGGUGUGCUUGAAUAAACUGAAGAAACCUUUGAGAUAUUGUUCUCUUCAGCCUUUUUGUAAUUAGAUUAUCUUUUUAUUUUGCACAUGUACAUCAAAACAUUCAGUGAAAUUUGUUGUCUUGCAUCAGUGGUCAACACAGUCCGAAUUUGUGCUGUAUUGCCAUGUUACCAGUGCCAAUAUGACAUCCCACCGCACAUAGUAAAUAUCACUAUGUUUACAAUUCCAAUGGUUAUAAUUUUCCAACCACCUAACUUUGGAAACCUAUUUCAGUCUAUGAAUAAUAAAUUUUUUAUCUUUGAAUUACAAACAAGAGAAAAUCUGCAGAUGCUGGAAAUCCAAGCAACACACACAAAAUGCUGGAGGAACUCAGCAGGCCAGACAGUCCUGAUGAAGGGUCUUGGCCCAAAAUGGUGACUAUUUACUGUUUUUCCAUAGAUGCUGCCUGGCCUGCUGACUUCCUCCAACAUUUUGUAUGUAUCUCUUGUUGAAUUGGUAGUUUAUACCAUUUUAUAAUUCCACAGUUUGAUUUUCUUUGCUGGUUUGAGUUUUUGUUUGUUCUGCAGCUAAAGGUCUAGAUUUCUUUCUUGCACACUCUCAUAUGUGAACCUUAGAGUAUUUUUAACCUGAUGGCUGCUAAUAUUGAAUUUGUGGGGGACAAUUUCCCAGCAUAUAAAAGGUUUGAAGUGGGCAAUAUAGCUGCCACAGGAAAUUGUGUUCUUUUAUGGAAAUAAAAUUGAGAAAUUUGUGAAAGAAAAACAAUGCUCUUUUUUCAGCUAUGCCUCAGUGGUAGCAUUCUCAGCCUGAUUCUCAGUCUGUGCAUUCAGGCCACCAUCCUAUCUGCUGUAUAUUGAUAUUCCAAUGUUGUAGUGUAGAUUUAAUUCCAAUGCUGUUCUGUUGCAGAUAGUCUCUUGGCUGUAAUGUUAGCUGUUUCACUAUUGCAGGUAAAGUAAUACCUGGUAUUUUUAAAGUAGAGCUGAGGAUUUUUUCCUGGCAUCCUAGACAAUCUUUAUCCAAAAUGACUAAGUUUAUGGAACAUUAUGCGCAAAUUAUUUAAGAUGAUAACUAGACUUCACAAAUUAUACUUUUUAAAAAUAAGAACUGAAUAUACUGUAAAAUGCUGAAGGACAUUCCAGAUUUGAGAGACAUUUAUAUUUAGUCCAGACUGUCAAGAUUUUAUAUCUAACUCAGGUAAGUUAAAUUUCUCGGGCAUUUUGAUGCAAUAAUUCAUCGGGUGGGGAGAGGGUAAAGGAAAUUAUUCUAAAUAAUAUUCUGCAGUUUAAUUUUCAUUAGAAAGGCAGGAACAAGCUUAACUCUAGAGCUACCCGGCUGAAAUAUAAUCAUCAGUUUCACUGUUCAGAUAACCACAAUAUCAGAAGCAAUAUCAGAAACAAUAUCAGAAACAGUAGCAGAGGAAAUAAUUGAGAACAUAAUGGAAAUCAUAUCUCAAAGCUAUUAGGCAAAGCAAUCCAGUAGAAGGAAAGCUAGAAACAUUCUAUUUUAUUAAGCAUUUGGCUAUUCAAUGAAUUCACCAAAUUGUGCAGUAAGAAAUGAUACUUCAUUAAGUUUUGACCAAAUUAUCUUCUGAGUCUGAAGCUCAAAGGGACUGAUGCACGAGGAUUCUGACUUUGAUUGUGAAUGUGAAAAAAUGCCAUAGUACGACUUUGAAGAGCAGCAGGGGUUUAUUUCUGCUGUCCCGUCCAAUGUUUAGUUAUGAUUAAUUAAAAAUACUACUGAUCA